UGCGCAUGGCAUCUGCGCAGUAUAGAUUGAUUCAGACCACGUUGAGGGAGGAUAGUGUAAACAUACGUUAUCGUCGUCAAAGAUGACGAUGAAUUUGAAUGCAGACAUUACAUAGCAUUGGUGUUUGAAAUGAAGAGACAAAAUCCGAUCAGAGAGGUCAAUCAAGUUAAACCACAAGCACCUUUAACCGGCUCUCAAAGACAACAGGAAGUGAACGACCAGAUUUUUCGUCAUGUUCAAGAUAUGUUUGACGGAAAGGUUGAUGGGGAUGUGGUGUUUAUCAUCCUUCAAGAAUUAGAAUGGAAUGUGGAAAAAGCAAUAGAUACACUAUGUACUAUGUGUGGAAGCCAGAUAGAUGCAACCAAGAAAAAAAGCAAGUUAACUGAAAUAGCUAGAGAUGUCUUGUGUUUGGAUAAGAAAAAUAAGUUUUCCCAUCAAUCAACACAGAACCUUAUGCCCUCUGAGUUUCCUGCACUGGGUUCACUUCCAAGUUCUGACAGACCAAACUCAAGAGAGUCCACUCCAAAUGUUGUAGAUGCACAAAGGUUGGAUAAAAAAAAAUCACCUGUGAGUCAACAAAGAGACCAUUUAGGAAAUGCUACUACAAAUGUAAAUACAGGCAAUGAACUCAUUAGAUUAACAACCCCUAGUGGGUAUAAUGCUGGUACAUCCUCUCCUGGCAGUUUAACUCCAGUCCAAACCAGCCCCAGGCAUGUUGGGGUAAUUGGCGAAAAAAUAAACAGAAAGUCAAGGGACAGUUCACUAUCUCCUGGCGGUUUUGUAAGUCCAUCUAAAUAUUCUGAAGAAGAUAAAAAUAUUGAAAGCUAUAAUGGAUUACCGAAGCUUGAACUUCCUGAAUAUAGGUCCGAGAGACUCACCGGGUAUGAUGAAGUUCAAGGAGGAAGUUUUCCUUCAUUUCAUGAUAAUAGUGGCAGUGAGGAUGUAUCAUUAGAUUUUGCGCAACUUGAUCCACGAAAAUCCAAUAAAAUACGGUCUUCACAUAAUUCUCUUGAUGAUAUUGAUGAAAAUUUUGAAGAAGAAUUGGACUUUAAGUCAUCCUCGAAGAAAUUAUCCACUCCAUUAGUUCCUUUUUCUGAAGGUAUUGGACAUUCAAUUCUUGCAGGUGCCCUCAAUUUGACCACUUCUCAGGACAAUGGAAUCCCUACUUCUGUAGAAGAAAAAUGUCCAAUGCUUGGUACAGAGCAGUUACCACAUCACAUAUCUCAAACACUGGGAGGAAGUAUUGCACCUGUAUCAUCUCUAUGGCCACAAAACACAAAUGACAGAAAUAAGUCAAGUCUGAAUGAAAGUGCAAGUAGUUAUGUGUUGUCAAAUUUCUCCCAGCCAUCAGCACAUGGAACUUCAAGGUAUUCAUUUGCUAAUAAAAGUGCCUUUAAUUUAAGACACGACUCAGGAGAAUUUGACAUUGAUAGUUUGAUAAAAGAGAGUAAUCUAAAUGGACUUCAUGGAGCAAGCCAAAAUCAAGGUAACUCAGAUCAGGUGAAAGAAGCGGGCAGUGUUUUUCAAGACCAUUCUGAUCAGUUAAGUGUAGACAGCAGUGAAGCAGUUGAAAGGCCAAAUUCAACAGAAAUGCAGUUACCAGUUUUAUCUUUUGAACUCUCUGUCACUGCAAAAGAAUUUGUUCCAAGAUUGCAAAAAGAAGAUGAUUCUGAACAAGCUGAUGAGCAAUCAGAUAGGACACAGCCUCAUUUUGUGAUGCCAAAAAUGGGGAAACCUUUAGAUGGGGGAAUACCUAUUCAACAGCCUCGAAUUCCUAAUCAGUUUGUCCCAGGCUUUCGCCUACCACGAGCUCCUUUUGGUAUGCAGAUGCGUCCACCUUGGCCACCUAGAGGAGCCAGGGGCUCUAUUCCAAGGGGAAUGCCUCCUUGGAUGCAGCAUUUCCCCAAUUUUCCAGAACCAAGAGGAGCUCCUCCUUUCCUACCCCCAGGUGGCGUAUUACCUGUCCAAAGAAGUGGUAAAACUUCAGCUGAGGCUAAUGAGAGGGACAUUGAGAGAGUGAGUCAAAGGAUUGCGAGUGGUGCUGAAGUGCUGGUAGUUUUAAGGGGACUUCCGGGAAGCGGGAAAUCUACAUUAGCAAGGCAGCUUGUUGGAGAUGGACAAAUUCUAAGUACGGAUGAUUAUUUUUGGGAGAAUAAAAUAUACAGCUUUGAUGUCGGUAAACUUGCAGAAGCUCAUGAAUGGAAUCGCAAAAGAGCUGAAGCAGCAAUGGAGGAGAGGUGUACACCUGUCAUUAUAGACAACACAAAUACUCAGUCCUGGGAAAUCAAGCCAUAUCUAAAACUGGGUAAAGCAUUUUCAUAUGAAAUGGAAUUAUUAGAACCCAAUACACCAUGGAAAUAUUCUGUGAAAGAGUUAGCAAGGAGAAAUGAUCAUGGUGUGUCAAAAGAACAUAUUCAAAAAAUGAAAGAAAGGUACCAACGAGAUUUAACAGUAGAACUGAUCCUGGGUUCCCCUGUAAAGAAAACUAAAAUAGAAAAUGGUGACAAGCCAAAGGAUGUAGAGUUUUCAGCAGCAGAUUUUCCUGAACUCAGAAAUUCCCAGCCAGGAAGGGGAAGUCCAUUUAAUUCUUCACGCAAAGAUUCAUUGGACCAGGAGGUUUUCUUGACAAGGCCGGAGGAUUUCAAGGAGAGUGAAAGCUCAAUCAAAUUCAGAAAAAACAGUGGUGAUUCUGGUCGUGAGUGCUCCACUAUUGGUAGUGAUACUGAUUCUGAAAAAAGAUUGGAGAAGGAAUUUGAUCAGCUGAGUGAUAGCAGACAGAGUCCCAUCCCUAACUCCAUAGGAUACGUGGCUAGGUCUCAUGUGGCCAUGUCACCCAGCAACAUACACAAACAACUGGAAAUCAUCACUAAACGGAAAACUCUGAUGUCACCACCUGUUUCUCAGGGUGUUAGACAGAAGGAAGAAACUUGUCCCAAAACUGUGGAAUAUUUCACAGUGUCUACCUCCACAGCCAACAUUACAGACACAAACACAGCAGGAGAAGAUAUAGAGGGGAAAGUGGAGAGCCUUAUUAUGGAGAAUGUGGGGAGCUGUUGGAAUACUGACCUGGACCAAGAUAAGAUCAUUGAUGAACUGAAAUCUUGGAUCCUUUUCAUGGACAUUGAUCCAACCCAGCACAUGCAGGUAGAAAAAAUGAUAGAAGAAAAAAUUAAAAUAUUAUCUACAAGUUGUGAUAAUGAACAAGGUGAUAUCAAGGAGCAGAAUUCUGCUGAUGAAGGCAAUGUUAUAAGUGAGUUCAGAGAAAUAACUGUGUCUAAGACUGAAGUGGUUUGGGAUACACCCAUGGAUCAGAGAAGCAAGAAAAAAAAUAUCCACAAAAAUUCUAACUCAGAAAGGGACCUAAAACCUGACAAUGGGAAUGGUGAUAAUUCAACACAUAAAGAAGUACAACAAAAAGAUAAUAUUGAAUCAGAUGACAAAGACCAGAUGACUGAAACUAUUCCAAAAAGUAAUGUAACAUCAGAACUAAACAACAUUAAGGCAUCUGAGCUAUUGUACUGGUCAAAACAGGAAAACACUGACACUGAUAUUGUGGUUUCCAGUGACUCAUGGGAAAAUAAAGAACCCCUUGGACAGAGACAGGUCAGUACUCAUCCACAAAGAAAUAGCCAAGCUUCAGACACUACUGAGGCUAAAGUGGCAGAGAAAUCUGAUGCACAAAGUCUAGUAGAGAACAUAAAUAGUGCCAUGAACUCCAAGCAUGAGGAUACAGAACCUUUUUCAGACACUUCCAACCUCUCAAAAAGUAUAGCUGGCUCUCCCACGGAGCCCCAGGCAUCAGCUCCAAAGAGAUGUGAAGAAGCCAGUGAGUCUACUUCUAAAAAACCAAGCUCAGUAGUAUGUGAAGCUAACAAGAUAUCAUUACAAGAUGAAAAUGUUCACGAGAAAGAUAAAGCAAAGUCACUUAAAAAGAACAGUAAGAGGAAAAUGGCUGCUAGAUUCCCACUACUUAAUGACAGUGACAGGGCUAAGCUAGCUGUAAAUGACUGGACUGCUAUCAAAGUGGACAGCCUUGAUGAUGUGAAAAGUGACAAUGUAGAGAAAAAACUCAGUGUUAAUGACAGUAAUGUGGUCAUAAAAGUGGAUUCAGAGACGGAGAUAACACCUCACGAUCUAAACAUAAUGCAUGAUCUUAGCAGGGGAACAACAGACAGCAGUAAAAAACCUUGUAAGGUAGUGAUUAUUGAAGGCAAGGAAUGGAAAGUUAAUUCAACAUAUAAAUAUUCAGAAAAAAAUUCAAAAAGCUCAAAUGUUAUGACAGUGCAUCGCAGUACAAUGACAGAGGAUUUUCUAGAAGCAGACAUUGAAUUCUUGAAGAACAGUUUUCCAACAAUCCCAGAAGCAGACUUGAAAGAUGUUUUACAGAGUUGUGAUAAUAAUGUAGAAUGGGCAGCAGACAUUAUUUUGGAUUGGAACUUUCAUGACAUUUCGCUAAGUCAAGAAGACAAAAAUAAAUAUUUAGACUCUAUGUUUAAGGUACAGCAUGUGCCAAAAUCUCCAACUAUCCCUGCCAGAUCGAGAAGUUCUUCAAGCAUGUGUGUGGGGGAGCAAUCUGACCAACCUGCCUUGUUAAUUGACAUAUGUAUAAAAUACUUGGAAGACACAAAUAUUGCAACCAAAGAAGACAUUGAAAAUCAAUUGAUUGCAAACUCUGAGAAAAGGAUGCUCUCUUAUGAGUCCAACAUCCGUACCUGUCAGCAGUUCUCCAGAGGUAAUGAAGGAGAUGAGAUAUUUAUAGAAGAUGAGGAGUUCAAUAGAAUGAUCCUGCAGGAAUUGGUAGCUAUCGCAGAAGAUGAGCCAGCAAAUGAUAGUGUUUCUUUACAAAAUGUGUCGAAGCUGGACCAGAGCUUGAAUUCCUCGUAUGUUGACUCUCCACAGAGUGGUGUGUUUGAGGAGGUGGUAGAUACUAGUCAAGUGAGUGAUGCUGGCUUUAUCCCGGUGACAGAGUCCCCGGCUAAUCUGACACUCUCCCUAGAACUCCCCAGUGACUUUAUUCAGGCUCUUCUCAGCCUCUUUGGAUCCGUUGGAAACUUGACUCCAGCAGCUGCAGAAGCUCUAACAAUUCCAGUAGAUUACAUAACGGCACAGCGACUUCACCAGUGUCUGAAGACAGAACAUGUAGAAAUCCAUGUUAAUCGCAGGCAGCAAAUUUCUGAAGAUGAAGCCUUUGCACAACAACUUCAGUCAGAAAUGAAUAAUUCUGUGUGCAGAUCUACUGAAAAGUCCAUGCAUCUUAUAAUGCAAGAACAGUUACAAGAGGAGGAAAGGAAAGCUAAUCUGAAAGAAGAUUUAAAGGCCUCAGGUUUACAUAAUACAAUUGGAAAUAGAAUGAAAAGGCAGAAGCUGCAUGAAGAAUUUCCAGCCAUUGAUCCUUCUGUCUUAGAUGAAAUAUUUCAAGCAAAUUGCUUCAGUUAUGCUGACACAGUGAGAGCAGUGAAAGGAUCGCUGGGAAGUAAUGAGCCACCGAAGACUGUGAUGACAGCAGAAGCAGCAGACAAGUAUGAAAGAAAAUUGAUUGAAGCUGCAAAACAGCAAAGUCUACAAGAAAUGAUUGAUUCAUACACUUACCGUCCCAAAGUAAAGAAGGAAUAUCAAAGUGCUGAGAACCCGGAGUAUGAGGACAUCCGAGGAGAAGCCAAUCUACAUUACAGACUGCGCCAUGAAUGUUUCCAGAAAGCCCAGGAGGCCUUCAGGCGAGGCAUGAAACAAGUGGCCCAUUUUUACUCUAAUCAGGGCCAUUUGCACACUAAGAAAAUCAAGGAGGCAAAUGAAAAUGCUGCACAAAUGAUUUUAUCUCGGAGAGUUGAGUAUCUUGAAACCAAGUCCACACUAGAUUUGCAUGGUUUACAUGUAGAUGAGGCAGUUACUGUACUUUCAAAGGUUAUAGAAGAUCAGAGGAAAAAGCUCUGUGGUAGAGGUGACAAAAAGAAGGAUCUCUUCAUCAUAACAGGAAGGGGCAGUCAUAGCAGAGGUGGAGUGGCAAGAAUUCGACCAGCCGUAAUACGAUGGCUCAAACAGAACAACUACAAUUUUGCUGAGGUAAAUGAGGGCCUGUUAAAGCUGCGUUUGUUCUGAAAAUAAAAGACUAGGACUGACAAAUGGACAAUACACUUGUGCCUUUUUUCAGUAGACGAUCAUUGAAUGUUUUAAAAUUUGCUUAACUUUGAAAACAUGUAUUAAAUGCAUGUUCUUUGAUGUCUUUAUUUUCAUCGUUGUUUUAUAUAUAUAGUAUAUACAUGUUUCUGAUAUUCUGAAAGAAUAUGCCUUCUUUUAUAAUUAUUUUUAUGAUCCAUAUUGUUUUAUGAUAUGAACUUGAGGCAUCUACAGUAAAUUUAAUACUCUGGUGCUGAAUAUAAUUUUUUCUAUAAAAAUUGCAUAACAUAUGUUUCCCACCCACAAACAAUAAUCUCACUAGGUUGUAGGUAUUGUUAAACAUAAUUUUGUUGACAUUUAAAAAAUGUAUUAGUAUAUAAUUAAUUAUUUUUUAUGUUAGAUAUAGUGUUUAAAAUUUAAAAAGAAAUUUCUUGACCCAUAAGUUAAGAUCUUCAGACAUUUUGCAUAACAUUUGUAUUUGAAAAAAUCAAAGUGUUCUAUCUUGCUUAAAAUUGUU